AUGAAAAAACCAGCGUUUCAAUCCGGAGAUCUUGUUGUAUACCCGGCCCAUGGUGUUGGGCAUGUUAGCGCCAUUGAAUCACAUGAAGUUGCAGGACAGUCUUUAGAUAUGUUUGUGAUUAAGUUUGAUGAAGACCGUAUGACAUUGCGCCUUCCCGUUGCGAAAGCUUUAACUGCAGGUCUUCGUUCUUUAAGCACAAAAAAGGAAAUGGAUAGCGCCUUAAAAACCCUUAAAAUGCAAGGACGUGUGCGCCGUACAAUGUGGUCUCGACGUGCCCAAGAAUAUGAAGCCAAAAUUAAUUCUGGAAGCCCUGGUGCAGAGGUUGUGCGCGACUUACACCGCAGUGCAGACCAAUCUGAACAGUCUUAUAGUGAACGCCAAUUAUAUCAAGCGGCCCUUAACCGCCUUUCAAAAGAGCUGGCUGCAGUUGAAGUCACAACUCCAGAGCAAGCUUCUGUUAAAAUUGAGAAAGUUUUGAAGAAAAAGGCUGCUUAA